AUGGCGACAGAGACUACCCCUAAGACCAUCAAGCGGUUGAUCGCUUGCUGCGAUGGCACCUGGAUGGAUAGUGACAAUGGCUACGAAGAAGCCGGCUUGCUAAGAAAAGAGGGUUCUCUUCAGAUACCUUCCAACGUUACUCGAAUAUCCCGUUGCUUUGAGAAGAGGUGCAGCGAUGGCAAGCUUCAAGUUGUCAACUAUGAGUCAGGUGUUGGUACAGGUAGCAACGUACUCGAUAGUAUUACUGGCGGUGCUUUUGGUAUGGGACUCGCAGAGCGUAUGCGGGAAACAUAUUCGUUUCUAUGUUCCAACUAUAUGGAUGGCGAUGAGAUAAUACUCGUUGGUUUCUCCCGAGGUGCUUUCACAGUCCGGUCUGUGGCAGGCAUGAUUGGCAACCUAGGCCUACUAACACGGGAGGGCGUUGAGUUCUUCUACCCUAUCUUCAAAGAUAUGCAGCAUUGGAUGGACUAUGAUUAUGAAGAUCCAUUCCCUAACAUUCCAUUCCCUGAUAAACCCAAAGGAGAGGACGCUGCGGACGUUUACAGGGCUCGCUUGGAACAACUCGGCUACACUCGUGUGAGGCGGAGUGAAGGACAAGGUGACAUCAUCACCAUCAAAGCAGUGGGUGUCUGGGAUACCGUGGGUAGCCUCGGAAUUCCUAGAGUUUUAUGGCUGGAGAAACUGGGAAUUCGUCUUCUUACAUUUAAGUGGCAUGACACCAAUCUGUCAGAUAGAAUUGAACAUGCGUUCCAGGCCCUCGCCCUAGAUGAAACAAGACCCCCCUUCACACCAGCAGUCUGGGAGAGGCUCCCGGAGAACAAAUACACAACGGAUCUCAGGCAGGUAUGGUUUCCUGGGAAUCAUGGUAACUGUGGUGGCGGAUGGGAAGACCAGGGCAUGUCAAACAUCACACUUGCAUGGAUGAUGGACCAACUGGCCUCAAUUGGGGUUGAGUUCGACCUCCCUGCACUAGAACGAUGCUUCUUCCAGAACUUCAAAUUUUACCACAAAACCCCCUCAAAACUCAGUAUAAAGUCGAGGAAGAGGAGAGAGAAGACGAAGAAACGCCAGUGGGCGAUGAACCCAAUCUACGAGAACAACCGCCCCUUUAGACCUUGGGGGCUUGGGACAAUAAGUAAAGCUCCAGGUCUCCUCUACAAACUCUCUGGCCAAACAGUUCGUACACCAGGUCUGUAUAGGCCAGCUGACCGCCAAUCGAAAUGCGAUAAGUCAAGAUACCUUCUUGAUACAAAUGAGCGAAUACACAGCUCCGUACGAAUCAGGCUUGUCUGCAAAGGCCUCGGCUUGAAUGAUGACCACGUCUGGGAUUGCCCAGCUUUGCUCAGUAACUGGAAACUCAAACGAACGCGGGAGAAAUAUACCGAUCCAGUUCCAUUCCAGCCUGAUUGGUGUCCGAACGGUGGAAAAGAUCAUAUGGGCCAUCCUAACGAUUGGUCGAAGGGACGAUGGGUUUGGGAAUACAUUGGCAACGAGAAUGAUGGCCCCAAAGAGGCAAGACAACGGAUAAUGGUGGAAGAGCCUUUAGGACCCUAUGAGCGAUACUUACUCAGCUUGUCAGCAGGAUCACCGAAUGUGUAUCAUUUUGCGGACACGGUAAAUAGUUGA